AUCCCAGAGGUGAGCUCUCCAGCCACCUUUUGGGGAAAGACCAACGACUGCAGGGAGCACUCAGGAUCUGCCUUCAGUGAACCAUGGGGCUCAGCGACCAGGAAUGGCAGCAGGUCCUGACCGUCUGGGGAAAGGUGGAGUCUGACCUCGCCGGCCAUGGGCAUAUAAUUUUAAUGAGACUCUUUCAGGACCACCCUGAGACCAUUGAAAAGUUUGAAAAAUUCAAAGGCCUGAAGACCCCUGAUGCAAUGAAAGGCUCUGAGGAUCUGAAAAAACAUGGAGCUACUGUUCUUACCCAGCUGGGAAAAAUCCUGAAACAGAAGGGUAAUCACGAGUCAGAGCUGAAGCCCCUGGCUCAGACCCAUGCGACCAAGCACAAAAUCCCUGUCAAAUAUCUGGAGUUCAUUUCUGAAGUCAUUAUCAAGGUCCUUGCUGAAAAACAUGCUGCAGACUUUGGGGCUGAUGCCCAGGCUGCAAUGAAGAAGGCCCUGGAGCUGUUCCGAAAUGAUAUGGCCGCCAAGUACAAGGAGUUCGGUUUCCAGGGUUAGCACAUAUGCACAAAGGAAUAUCAUGAUGGAGGCCUGGCCAAGCAUCUUAGAUAGCUUCCCCAGCACUGUUUUGGACAUCUCACAACUGGCCAUCCAUGAUGUGUGGGAAAGCUUUGAUGAGAGGCCAAGAGUCACUCCAGGCAGAAUAGAGGCACUCAGAGUGAUAUCCAUGAUAAACUGUUGUUCCUUGGCUUCAUGUAUACAAAAGAAAUAAUCUGCUUUCUUAGGAAAAAUAGUGUUAGGGGUUAUUUGUGAGCUUCUCCCUAUCCUAUAUCCUUUCUCUCUCUCCCUCCCUCAGUCUCAUCUGAGAGGCAAAUGGCAUGGCCAGAGAUGAAGG